AUCUACAACUCCAAACUUCCCUCCGAUUCAGGGUUGGGAUUCUAUGUCCUUUGGUUCAUCGAGAAAGCCAAGAACCUCUUGCGAUCCAUAACCAAGGAGGGACAAAGAUGCCGUAUCCUGGAUCCAUUAUUCUGAGAUCUACUGUCCAACAUCUUUCGAUCGAGCUAAAGAAUCAUUACAUUAAUGGCUCGAAAGAUCUUUAUCGAGGCUCAUAAGACAAAAGGUCUUCUGCCUGCAGAUGCACUAGAUAGCAUUGCAUUUCAGCAAUCGAGAACUUUAUUCUCCUAAACAGGGUCUGCAUGAGUGGCCGAAGGUUGGCUCCGCUAACCUCCUUUGAAGAUGCCUUCGUAUCUCUUUCGGAGCUGAAGCUGAUCAAGGUCUUUCGGCAAGACAUGGUCUUCCAAAAACUACUUCAAGACUAUGCCAAGCCUGAUUUCACAAGCACCGAAAACAUCGCGCAGACAGACAUGUCGUGUUGGCUCUCGGAAAAGGCGCCUGGACAUCUUAUCACCAAGCUGAUCAUUAACAUUGGAGGAUAUACGCCAGAGCAACAGAAAACGCUCAGAGACUACAAGGCGAGGACUUUUGUGUUGUCUUCGGAUAAGGUGAGACAGCAUAUUGGAGCCAUUCAAGACGACAACUCCGAACCCAGCUCUUACAAGCAGCGUGGCUAUGCUCUACACGGCUCACUUCGGACGGAUAGGUUUCGGCUCCAAUUGUUAACAUUCAAGCUGAACGAACUCAAUGCGGUCAACAUCAAAGACUACGUCGACAAGCUCAAGGAUGUGGAAAUACAUCUCGAUUCCUUCUACAACAGCAACAUGGUCCUCAAGAAACACAAGUGGGACGCAAAAGGGGCGCAAGACGAGGAGUACAAGCAGAUUGCCAACCGUCUUCUCAAGCUGGUCGAAGGACCAGUUGGCGCCAAGAGAGAAGGCAGCAACAAGGUCGUGAUCAGCGUAAGACUUUGGAUGUUUUCUACAAAGGCCAGACUCUCGUCGUUUCAAUCGUACUUCGUUCAGAAGACAUAUAUGCAUCGCGGCUACAACAUCAGCAAUGCAGUCCGUGGUCAUCUGAUUAGCCGGCAGCGGCUCCUGUACCUCCAGCCCAGAGAUAUCCAUGGGAGCUACCCAUGAAUGCAAGCUGAAAGUUAUUGCUCAAUGGGCAGCAGUAACAGAGGUCGUCUGAAUCGUGCUGGACGUGGUGGGUCAAGCGACAAGCACUGUCAGAGCGGAUGAACUCUCCAAGACGCAAGGUAGUCCAGGACGAGUAGAUGUUUUGUGUGUCAGCAAGCAUAUAGUCUUAGUUUAGAUCCAGGAGAACGUGCUGAGUCUGUCACUUUGGUGGCGAUACAUCUCUCAGGCGUUAGAUUUCAUAAGCGCUCACGGACUUCCAGGGGCGGGCACGGCAUCUAUUGCACUUGAGGGUCCUUGUAAAGUUAGAGCACAG